CGGCCAGAGCUGUGCCUGGGUUACGUCUGCCAGCCUGGGAUGUGCAUGCCCUCUGUCUGCGCGCCCACCCCCUACCGGCCAGCCACCUGCCUCUCCAAGGCCCACCUAGCCAGCUCCUGCCAGCCCAGCAGCUGCCGCCCGACCAGCAGAAUCUCCAGCUCCAUGGGUUCCUACAGCCCGUACUUUGAGGGCUCCUUCAAUGGCAACGAGAAGGAGACCAUGCAGCUCCUGAACAACCACCUGGCCAGCUACCUGGAGAGGGUGCAGCGGCUGGAACGAGACAACGCACAGCUGGAGAGCCGCAUCCGGGACGCCUCCCAGUCUCAAGCGCCUGCCUUGGGUCCUGACUAGCAGUCUUAUUUCAAGACCAUCGAGGAGCUCCAGCAGAAGGUUCUGUAAACCAAGGCAGAGAACGCCAGGAUGAUCGUGAACGUCGACAAUGCCAAGCUGGCUGCCGACGACUUCAGGACCAAGUACGAGAUGGAGCUGGCCAUGCGGCAGCUGGUGGAGGCCGACACCAGUAGCCUGUGCAGGGUGUUGGACGAGCUGACCCUGUGCAAGGCCGACCUGGAGACGCAGGUGGAGUCCCUGAAGGAGGAGCUGAUGUGUCUCAAGUAGAACCACGAGGAGGAAGUCGAUGCCCUCCGAUGCCAGCGUGGGGACCGCCUUAACGUUGAAGUGGACGCCGCAACCCCCGUGGACCUGAGCAGGGUUCCGGAAGAGAUGUGGUGUCGGUACGGGGCCCUGGUGGAGAACCAUCGCAGGGACGCGGAGGGAUGGUUUACCCGGAUGGAAGAACUUAACCAGCAGGGAGCCAUGAGCUCUGAGCGGCUUCAGAGCUACCAGUCAGACAUCAGUGAUCUGAGACGAACGGUCAACACGCUGGCGAUCGAGCUGCAGGCCCAACACAGCCUGCAUAAUGCCCUCCAAAACUCGCUGUGUGAAUCCGAGGCCCGCUUCGGCACUGAGCUGGCCCAGAUGCAGAGCCUUGGCAACGUGGAGGAGCAGCUGCCCGAGAUCCGGGCUGACCUGGAGUGACAGAGCCAGGAGUACCAGAUGCAACUGGACGUCAAGGCCUGGCUGGAGGGUGAGAUCGCCACAUGUCGGAACCUUCUGGAGACUGAGGACUGUAAACUCCCCUGCGACAUGUGCACGACCCUAGCCUCCAGCACCUGUGCGGCCCCUGCAGCCUGUAUCCCCUGCUCUCCCUGCCUUUUCGGGCCUUCUCGGGGCUCCUGUGGGCCUUGCUCAUCGCCUCGAUGCUGA